CUUCGUUCGUCGAGCAGUUCUGACAAGAUGUGUCAAUCGGAAGUGACAGCCGAAAAUGGCCGAAGUGAUCCGGAUCUUGCUGGGUAUCAUGCCCCUCCUGACCGUACCGGUCCACUGCGGGAGGGUUACGGUAGGGGAGGACUUCACGGCCGAAGAGAUAGUGAGUGUUUGCGGUCAUUAUGACCGGUCGUGUGCCGUUGAGGAAAUCGUCUGUGAUCCGAAAAAGAUACUUGAGUCCGAGGAUCUGAAGGCUGUGAUCAGCGCCAUCAAAGGUAUCACGUAUCCCAUCCGCAAACAUCAGUGUCGUCAUCAUGGUGACUUUAAGGCUGUUCUUGUCCUGUUACCAUGGUUACCCCCUGACGACAGACUCCCAGAGCGCGCCUGUAACCAGACAGUGUCUCCUGUCGGAGACCGGUACAGAGUGGCGGAGCGUAUAGCAGCUGGUGUGGGGCUCAGGAGAUUCCGGAACAAGUCCGAAUGUGGGUUUGUUUCCGUUUUCUCCCUCAGAGAACCGGCCUUUUCCAUGUGGGUUAAAAACGACGCCAACAGAAACCAGACUAGAGAAGUCACCAGGCGGAUGAACGACACCUUCACACGGCUGUUGUCAACGGCCAGAAGAGAAGCAGUCAUCACAGCAGUUGAGGAACUGACACUGCCAUGCGAUCUCCGUCCGCCCAUUUUUGCUCGGACUCUACGGAAACCAAGGAGCGACCUGCAGUUCCAAUUUGCGCCACCAUGCGACCAGAACACUACCCUGCAGCACAUCGAAAUUCUUGGAUUCAAGCUUACCAUCGACGAACUCGUCUACCUGACUUUCGCGGCAGUCGGAACGCUGACUAUAAUCAUCAUGACGUGCUGUAUCUGCAAGCUUUGCUUAGAGACGUCUAAGUUCCGGAAUGUGCGCCAGUUUUACCACGGGGCACAUAAUGAAACUCAGGACGAAAUUUUAAGUACGUAAUUUUCACUACAGUAUUUGAUAGGUUAUUAUCCGUGGCCUUACAUUAUAAGGAAGUUACGAACUACACCAUAGUGAGAUCUGAAGUAAUAGUCAAGAAGAACAUUAAUCAUACCUCCCUGUUCUG